UCUCUGAAGCUACCUCUGAAGAAAAUUUUCACAUCCUUGCCAGUGUAUGCAAUCAUCAUCUCCGGGUUUACUGUUGACUUUAGCGGGACGCUGUUCCAUCUGUAUAUACCGUUGUAUCUCUCAGAAGUCAUGUUCUUCGACGUGUCAUCGAAUGGACUUAUAGCUGCCUUGCCCUACAUUGUGCAGUUUGUUCUACAAACCAUCACUGGCGGAACAGCUGACUUUAUCAUUAAAAGAACAUCAAUAUCCGUUGCCACUGUCAGAAAGUUCAUUGAUGGUCUUGGAAAAGUUUCUUGCAUCAUUUCGCUUAUCGCAAUUGGCUUUGUGGAUUGCAGUCAACCAAUCAUAGCAGUCGUUUUGCUCAUCAUUUGCUUGUCUUCGAUUGGCGUCCAGAAGUGUGGGUAUUACGUGAACCCUCUUGACAUAGCGCCCCCGUACGCAGGGUUUAUUGUCGCCCUCAACAACACGCUUGGGGCCUUCAAUGGCUUCAUCACCCCGCCUCUUGUGGGCUUCAUCACUGGAGCGAAUCCAGCUCGAGAGACAUGGCAGAUCGUCUUCCUUAUGUCGGCCGGGGUUGUGACCUUUGGCUGUAUAUUUUACAGCCUGUUUGCUUCAGGGGUUGUCCAGCCCUGGGCAAAAGGGGACGGUGACUCUCCAGAAGCCACAGAAAUACCUUUAGAGGAAGAUGGCUCGCUUUUAGAAAAGGAAAAUCAAAGCAGUGACCAGUCACAGAGCGAGAAAGAAACUAUGAAGAAUUCAGACCAAGGAAACGGGACGAGGUCAAGUUUGCUCCAGAUAGAUUCGGAGUCGCCAAGAGAAAACAGCAAAGUAUGACAUUUUUGAACAUUCUGGAGCAAACUAAUGCAUUGCGAUGUCUUAUGCUAUGCCCAUUCUCACAAGGCUUUAAUGAAAUAAUAAACCAAGCUGAGGGAGAGAAAAAACUCCCCUACACAUACACACAUACAAAAUCCAAAACAU